AGCGUCGAGCACACGCGCGCCGUGCAGACAUUAUUGCUCUCCCCUUCACCUAGCGCCUUUUCCCACGGAGGUCGAGAAAGAUAGAAAGAGCUACGCGAAGGAAUGUUCCCGCAGGGCCUCAUUGACCAGUGGCUCAGCAAACCUCGCGAAGGUCGGCGCAGCGUGCAGGAGGACCCCAAGGCCACCCCUGCCAUUUUGAGGAACAUCCACGACCUCGAGGUGCACUGUCAGGAGCACCCGUACGAGGUGUUCUGCGCCAGCUCCCUCCGCAGCCCGCCCUUUGCUCUCUACGCUUUGGAGAACGAAGAGGACGAAAAGGCACGGCUCGCGCGUCCACCGGCGAUGUUUGCUGCGGUACCACCUCUGGCGCCUGCCGAUGUCUACGCAGCAACACACGCCAACAGCGACAGCGUUAGUAGUGGUGGUCUUGGUGGACGAUACAGGGACAAAGCGGAAAUCCACAGCACGACGAUGGCAGCUGCAAGCCAUUUGCAAGACGUCACAUCGCGUCUCACCACGUAUCUGCAAUCAAGCGGCAUGUUCAAACCCGAGACUCCGCCGAAUCAAGGAAGCAGCACGCCGAACCCAUCGGAGAAGGCAGCUGGCGUAGCGCAGCUUGUCGUGCGAGUUAUCACCGAGGCGGCCGUGGCCGCAGCCGUCCGACAGGGUGUUGCCGCACGCGUAGAGGCGGCGGAGCACGCUGCGUAUCAGCGACAGCAGUCCAGUCGCCGAUUGCAACUGCGUGUGGGGAGCAAGGACGAUGCACCGGCAACGAAGCAACACUCGGUCACCGCCUCCCGCGGAGAAAUCGAUAGUCAUGACACGGAGGAGAAGGAAGAGGACGACUACUACGUGGCCGCGCGCGCCAUCGCGGACUACCGGAGAGACUGCCAGGGACUCCUGUCGAUGGCGGGCUUACUGCGGAAAUUGGGUGCCGGCAUCGACGUCGACAGGGAUGAUGACGAAAGCUCACCCGCGCCGGCGUUAAGGAAACGCGGUCGCAGCGACACGGCGAGGGCUGAAGGGCGCUCCAUCGUCGUCGCUGCUGAGCGCGAUGGCCGCAUAAAUUACUGGGCGCGACUUCGUGCAGAUGGGCUUCGACGAUUCUUCGGCACCGACAUACCACCUCCACCGCCGGUAGUCGCCACCGCGGCGUCGCAGGAGGCGGCACACGUGAAAGCGAGGCAGGCUUCCGCGGUGCUGACGCCUGCUGAGGGGUGGGCUGGCACGCAGUUGCAAAUAGCAGAGCGCGAUGUGCUCUUUGCUUUGCGGAAGGUCUUUGCGUCGGGUUCCGUUUAG